AGAUGAGAAUGUGGCCACCUUCCGUGGCUCAGAGUACCUUUGCUACGACCUGUCCCAGAACCCCAUCCAGAGCAGCAGUGAUGAGAUCACCCUCUCCUUCAAGACAUGGCAGCGCAACGGGCUCAUUCUGCACACGGGCAAGUCGGCAGAUUACGUCAACCUGGCUCUGAAAGACGGUGCGGUCUCCUUGGUCAUUAACCUGGGGUCCGGGGCCUUCGAGGCCAUUGUGGAGCCGGUCAAUGGCAAAUUCAAUGACAACGCGUGGCAUGACGUUAAAGUGACACGCAACCUACGGCAGGUGACAAUCUCUGUGGAUGGAAUCCUCACCACAACAGGUUACACACAAGAGGACUACACCAUGCUCGGCUCAGAUGACUUCUUCUAUGUAGGAGGGAGCCCCAGUACAGCAGAUUUACCUGGCUCUCCAGUCAGCAACAACUUCAUGGGCUGCCUCAAAGAGGUUGUUUAUAAGAAUAAUGACAUCCGUCUGGAACUGUCUCGCUUGGCAAGAAUUGGUGACACCAAGAUGAAGAUCUACGGGGAGGUGAAGUUCACAUGUGAGAAUGUGGCCACUUUGGAUCCCAUCAGUUUUGAGACCCCUGAGGCGUAUAUCAGCCUGCCCAAGUGGAACACCAAGCGAAUGGGCUCCAUCUCCUUUGACUUUCGUACCACUGAGCCUAAUGGACUAAUCCUCUUUACCCACGGCAAGCCCCAGGAGAGGAAGGAUGCCAGGAGCCAGAAGAAUACCAAGGUAGACUUCUUUGCAGUGGAGCUCUUAGAUGGGAACCUCUACUUGCUGCUUGACAUGGGCUCCGGCACUAUCAAGGUGAAGGCCACCCAGAAGAAAGCUAAUGAUGGAGAAUGGUACCAUGUGGAUAUCCAGCGAGAUGGUAGAUCAGGUACUAUAUCAGUGAACAGCCGGCGCACUCCAUUCACUGCCAGUGGGGAGAGUGAAAUCUUAGAUCUGGAAGGGGACAUGUACUUGGGCGGCCUGCCUGAGAAUCGGGCAGGCCUCAUCCUUCCCACAGAGCUGUGGACGGCCAUGCUGAACUAUGGCUAUGUAGGCUGCAUCAGGGACCUGUUCAUUGAUGGACGGAGCAAGAACAUCCGACAGCUGGCAGAGGCACAGAAUGCUGCAGGGGUCAAGUCCUCCUGCUCCCGCCUCAGCACCAAGCAGUGUGACAGUUACCCAUGCAAGAACAAUGCUGUUUGCAAGGAUGGUUGGAACCGCUUCAUCUGUGACUGCACUGGCACUGGUUACUGGGGUAGAACAUGUGAGCGAGAGGCUUCCAUCCUAAGCUACGACGGCAGCAUGUACAUGAAGAUCAUCAUGCCCAUGGUCAUGCACACAGAAGCAGAGGACGUAUCCUUCCGCUUCAUGUCCCAGCGUGCCUAUGGACUUUUAGUGGCCACCACUUCACGAGACUCAGCUGACACCUUGCGCCUGGAGCUGGAUGGAGGACGUGUCAAACUCAUGGUCAAUUUAGACUGUAUCAGGAUAAACUGUAACGCCAGCAAAGGACCUGAAACUCUCUAUGCUGGGCAAAAACUCAAUGACAAUGAGUGGCACACGGUCCGGGUGGUGCGACGAGGAAAAAGCCUCAAGUUGAUGGUGGAUGAUGAUGUUGCUGAGGGUACAAUGGUGGGAGAUCACACCCGCUUAGAGUUCCACAACAUUGAGACAGGAAUCAUGACAGAGAAGCGGUACAUCUCAGUCAUCCCCUCCAGCUUCAUCGGCCACCUCCAGAGCCUUAUGUUUAAUGGGAUGCUCUACAUUGAUCUGUGCAAGAAUGGUGACAUUGACUACUGCGAGCUAAAAGCACGUUUUGGCCUCCGUAAUAUCAUUGCUGAUCCAGUCACCUUCAAGACCAAAAGCAGCUACUUGAGCCUAGCCACCUUGCAGGCCUACACUUCCAUGCACCUCUUCUUUCAGUUCAAGACCACAUCGGCUGAUGGUUUCAUCCUCUUCAAUAGCGGUGAUGGCAAUGACUUCAUUGCAGUUGAACUGGUCAAGGGGUAUAUACAUUAUGUUUUUGACCUUGGUAAUGGUCCUAAUGUCAUCAAAGGCAACAGUGAUCGUCCCCUGAAUGACAACCAGUGGCACAAUGUCGUCAUCACCCGAGACAACAGUAAUACCCACAGCCUAAAGGUGGACACCAAGAUGGUCACUCAGGUUAUCAAUGGUGCCAAAAAUCUUGAUCUUAAAGGUGAUCUCUACAUUGCAGGCCUGGCUCAAGGCAUGUAUAGCAACCUCCCAAAGCUAGUGGCCUCACGUGAUGGGUUUCAGGGCUGCCUAGCUUCAGUGGACUUGAAUGGGCGUUUGCCAGAUCUGAUCAAUGAUGCCCUCCAUCGCAGUGGGCAAAUAGAGCGUGGAUGUGAAGGACCAAGUACCACUUGCCAAGAAGAUUCCUGUGCUAAUCAAGGCAUCUGUAAUCAGCAGUGGGAAGGUUUCACCUGUGAUUGCUCCAUGACUUCAUAUUCAGGCAGCCAGUGCAAUGACCCUGGUGCCACGUAUAUCUUUGGAAAAAGUGGAGGCCUCAUCCUGUACACCUGGCCAGCAAAUGACAGACCAAGCACGAGGACAGACCGUCUUGCUGUAGGCUUCAGCACAACUGUGAAAGAUGGCAUCCUGGUUCGAAUUGACAGUGCUCCUGGGCUUGGUGAUUUUCUGCAGCUGCACAUAGAGCAAGGCAAGAUUGGUGUCGUCUUCAAUAUUGGCACCGUGGAUAUUUCUAUCAAAGAGGAGAGCACCCCUGUGAAUGAUGGCAAAUAUCAUGUGGUGCGCUUCACCAGGAAUGGUGGCAAUGCUACACUUCAGGUGGACAGCUGGCCAGUGAAUGAGCACUACCCAACAGGCAACACUGAUAGUGAACGGUUCCAAAUGGUAAAACAGAAAAUCCCCUUCAAAUAUAACCGGCCCGUAGAGGAGUGGCUGCAGGAAAAAGAUGAUGCAACACCGCAUCACCACUUGACUUCGAGACCCGUCACGACGACCACCAAAAUUGGACGACAGUUAACGAUCUUCAACACCCAGGCGCAAAUAGCCAUUGGAGGAAAGGACAGAGGACGUCUCUUUCAAGGCCAGCUCUCCGGUCUCUAUUACAAUGGUUUGAAAGUUCUGAAUAUGGCAGCAGAGAACAACCCCAACAUUAAAAUUAAUGGAAGUGUCCGGCUUGUUGGAGAAGUCCCAUCCAUCUUGGGAACAACACCCACAACCUCCAUGCCACCAGAAAUGUCUACCACAGUGAUGGAAACCACCACUACCAUGGCUACCACUACAACCCGAAAAAACCGCUCCCCACCUAGCAUCCAGACAACAGAUGACAUUGUUUCAUCAGCUGAAUGUUCCAGCGAUGACGAGGACUUCAUUGAAUGUGAACCAAGCACAGGUAAGACAGGAGGUGAAUUAGUUAUCCCUCUACUUGUAGAAGACCCUUUAGAUAUUCCUCCUAUUGCUACUCGUGCACCUUUCAUUACACUCCCCCCUACCUUUCGCCCCCUCCUCACCAUUAUUGAGACCACCAAAGAUUCCCUGUCCAUGACCUCUGAGGCGGGGUUACCUUGCUUGUCGGACCAAGGCAGCGAUGGUUGUGAUGAUGAUGGCUUGGUGAUAUCUGGGUAUGGCUCAGGGGAAACCUUUGACUCUAACCUGCCCCCUACUGAUGAUGAAGAUUUUUACACCACCUUCUCCUUGGUAACAGAUAAGAGUCUUUCCACUUCAGUCUUCGAAGGUGGCUACAAAGCACACGCACCUAAGUGGGAAUCCAAGGACUUUAGACCUAACAAAGUCUCCGAAACUGGUAGGACUACUACCACGUCUUUGUCCCCUGAGCUGAUCCGCUCCACAGCUUCGUCCUCGACUGGGAUGGUGCCCAAAUUGCCAGCCGGCAAAAUGAAUAACCGUGAGCUCAAACCCCAGCCUGACAUAGUCUUGCUUCCGUUGCCCACUGCCUAUGAGCUAGACAGCACAAAGCUGAAGAGCCCGCUAAUAACUUCCCCCAUGUUCCGUAAUGUGCCCACAGCAAACCCCACGGAGCCAGGAAUCAGACGGGUUCCGGGGGCCUCAGAGGUGGUCCGCGAGUCGAGCAGCACAACGGGGAUGGUCGUCGGCAUAGUGGCUGCUGCUGCCCUCUGCAUCCUGAUCCUCCUGUACGCCAUGUACAAGUACAGGAACAGGGACGAGGGGUCCUAUCAGGUGGAUGAGACGCGGAACUACAUCAGCAACUCUGCCCAGAGCAACGGCACGCUCGUCAAGGAGAAGCAGCAGAGCUCAAAGAGCGGCCACAAGAAACAGAAAAACAAGGACAAAGAGUAUUAUGUGUAAAAAAUAUACUUAUUUAUAUAUAAAUAUAUAAAUACUUAAUGAGAUUUAACUGAAAUAUCAGAAUCGUUACAGCUAACAAGAUUGGGAGCUAUCAUUUGUGGGAAAAAAAUAUUGGGAAAAAAAUAUUCAGCUGUGACUGUUAACGUCUCAAUCAUCACUUGGAGUCAGCAAACUCUGCCCUACUGUAUUAUAAAGCACACUUAGUGUUCCGGAGAUGGCACAUGCAGUUCUACCAUGUUAGCGGACUUGGAAGUUGCCUAAUCUCCUGCUCUGCUGAACUUUCUGCAAAAGGUAGAAGACUUCAUGGCUUACUUGUUUCAUAUCUCCAAGUGAGUCUUUAACAAUGUUCGUGAUCUUUGACUGUAUCGAUAAUUUUUCAGUUUACUUAUUUAAAAAAAAAAGAAAGAAAAAGAAAAAAAUAUAAACAUUAUAAACAAAACAAAACCCCAAGCAAACUGAUCUGGCCAUGUCCAGUGUAAUUUUUCAAGAUUGGAGGGGGGUGGAAUAAAUGAUUUUGGAGAUCGUUAGGGUUUGGUUUGGUUUGGUUUGGUUUGGUUUGGUUUCCUGGGGGUCCUUUGUUCUUUCUUUCUUUCUUUCUUUCUUUCUUUCUUUCUUUCUUUCUUUUGGUGGGGUGGGGGGGGAGAAUGAACUGGGACAUGAGUCAAGAAGAAAUCUCAGAAAAAAACCCCUAAUAAAUAAAGAGAGACUAUUGCCAUAUAUGAACUCAAAAGCUACCCAUGGUGUUUACUCUACCUAUCUGGUUGUGUUGUCUCUAGAAUCCGUUGUCUUGCAGUAAGUUGUUUGCUAACAGCACAGUGAAAGUGUGUGAUGGGUGGUGAUGAAGAUGAUUUUUUUCAUGGAAAGCUGGUUCUCUUGGAUCUGGCUCCAGUGUUUUCAGUCAGACUCAAGAAUAGAUGGUUUUGGGUCUGGUUUGAUUGGGGCCACUGGAUUUAUUGACAAUAUCAUUUGGUAUGCAUUAGCACAGCCAAAAUAUGUUUAAAUGGAAAUAAGAAGGAAAAACUAAAGAAAAACAAGAAAAUGCUUAGCCACUCUGAACAGAAUAUACCAUGCAAAAAUAAAGGAGCCAUUCUCUAGAUUCUGGUUCUGUGACUGAUUGCAAUGCAUGCAAAUAAGAAUAAUAAUAAGAAAUCAGUGAAUAAAGUGAGCAGAAAGACAAUAUUCGAGUUCAGCUUGUGACAUGACCCAUAAACGUCACACAAGCGAAACACGCUAUGAAAAAUACAAUAUACAUAGGGGUUUUUUUUUUACAUAAAGCUGUUUUUCAUAUGUAAUAUUUUAAUUUUGUAGCGUAACAUUUCUGAUUAUCUCUGUCUUUCCAUUUACCCUAUUUUCCCUUUACCCUCUCUUUUAUAUACAAGAAAUAAAUGAAUAAAGCUGCUGUGACACAAAAAAUAAUAAAGUAAAAGGAAUUUAAUAAUAUUAUAAUAUAUAAAUAUAUAUAUAUAUAUACAGAUAUAUUUAUCAUGGUAUGUUUGAUGGGACGACUGGAACAGAAAUUCUGUUAUGGUCUUAACAUGGAAUGCGAAUGUUGUUUUAGAAGAAAAAGUUUUAAAAAAGCAAAAUCGAACCUUAAAAAUGUGAAGAGAGCGUGUGUUUUAGCUUUGUCACAGUUAUCAGUGUCAAAAGGAUUAAAAAAUUCUCUCAGAAUUUGUUUACAUAUUUUACUACUUUUUUUUGUUAGUGUAAUUUGUACAUGGCUACCCUGAAUGUAUAUAAUGUUUUAUGGUUAAGAUGAUUUUUUUGUUUGGUUUAUAUUUAAUUUGUUUAAUCUUGGUUGUUUGGUUUUUAUUUUUCCCCAAUUAUUGUGUAAGAGAAUAACUUACUGUACAGAACAAUAACCAACUGGUUUCAUGGCCAUGCCAAUCAUGUGCAAAAAAGCAAAAGAGGGAGCAAGAGAACGAGGCAGACAAAAAGAAAAACUAAUACAAAAUGAAUUGAGGACUCUGGAGUUUCAGAAAUGUACAAUUUUUCUGUAUACAGAUGAAAACUAAUCAGCUGUUUAGGUUUAGAAAUCUACUCUUGCUGGUGUUUAUAAGUCGCAUGAAUAUUUGACUUUGAAGAAGUGUCAUCAAAUGCACACACGCACAUGGGAACUAAAUAAAAAGCAGCCUUCUCAAGCAUUUAGAGAAGAGGCUUUCAUGGUUAACAGAUAUUUUCAGUGUGUGUGUGUGUGUGCGUGCGUGUGCGUGCGCGUGUGCGCGAGGUUGUUUUUGUUUGUUUGUUUUUGUUUUUAUUUAUUUUUAUACUAAAAAGAAAAAAAAAGACAGGUUUUAAAAAGGUAUGAAAGCACGAUUUUAGACAACCUAACUGGCUGAACCUAUAUGAAGUUGAUUAUAUCUUGAUGUCUGUAAAAGAUUGCUGUUCUUGGAGUCUUGGAGUCUUGUGAAAUGAUUUCCUGCUUUCUUUCUUCCUUUCCUUUUUUCUUUCCCUUUUUACGUUAAGGGGAGAAGAACCCACUUUCUUUCUUUUCCUUUUUUGUGUAAGUUUCUAUUGGACAGUUUUUGGGAACAUGUGCAUUUCUGUAUGUGGGCUUUUACCAUAUUCCUGUUGUUUUAUGGACAACCUUAAGAAUUUUCAUUUGAGUUAUUGUGAUGUUUUUUUUCCCCUUUCUUUCCUCCUUUUCUUUUCUUAUUUGCAUUUUUGUUCAAGGAUAUGCUUAGCAAUAAAAUGUUCUUCCCAAA